AGCCCCAGCCCUAAGCCCCUUCCCCUGACCAAAACGCGCUCCUGCCUCUCUCUCAUCGAGCUCCUGCUCCUCGUCACUUCCAUCCAGCCACCGCCGCCAACGCAACUGCAAACUUGGAAGCCAUCGUCGCGGCGUCGCAUCUUCCUUCUCCUCCGUCACACAGCAACCGUCGCAACUUUUCUUCCCCUCCAUCGCGCAGCUACCGUCGAAGCCUCCGUCGCGCAGUCGUCCCGCCGGCACCAGCUCUGUUCCACCUUCAGCCUUCGAUCGUGCUCCUCUGCUCCCUGUCCCCCUCUUGCGCCAGCUCUGCCCUGUUCUGCGCUCCCUCAGUCCCUGAAUCACUUAGUUGGGCAUUUGGUUAAAUUGGGGAUAAUUGUGCAGAACCAUAUAUGCUUGAAAGGAUGACUGGAUGGAGGUUGCAGUUCUUAUUUUAGCUGGUUGUUGUUUUAAUUAGUGGGUUGCAGUUCCAGUUCUUGUUUCGAUUGGAUUAACUUGUUUUUGUUAACUUGUUUUUGUUAACUUGUUUUGUUAUGUUGUUGAUCUUGUUAAUUUAUUAAUUUGAUAAAUUGUGAUUGUUAUGAUGUUGUGUUGUUCUUUACAUUUUGAUAAUUUGUUAAUUUGGUAAAUUGUUUUUGUUGUGGAUUGUUGUUCUUAAUCUUGAUCUUAUUAUUGUUGUUUGUCAUUGGUUGUUGUUAACUAAAUUUUGUUAUUAGCUAGAUGAUAGUAUCAAUCAAUUUAAUUCAUUAUUCUUGACUAAUUCAUUGUUCUUGACUUCUUGUCAUUGGGUUGCUGUUUGAUCUUAGAUUAUGUAUUUGGGAAUUUUGAUGCUUGAUGGCAAAUUUUGAUGUUGGUAUUUUAUAUUUGGUUGUUUUUUUUUGUUAUUUGACUUUUGAGUUUAUAUUUGAAUGAUAUUAUAACAUUAUGGUUGAUCUAAUACUUUUAAUUUGGAUGAUAUUUUAAAUUUUAUAUUAGAUUAUAAUUAUGUUUUAAUGUGUUUAUUUAUUAUUUUAUUAUAAAACGGUUAUUUCGGUUGAACCGAUUGAACUAAUGAACCAGUGAAUCAGUAACUAGAACGGUUCGAUGACCGGUUCAGUUUUCAGAACCAGUGUAAUACCAGUAUACCGUUACACUUGAAAAUUUUCCUUUAUAAGAUGAGAUAUGGUUAACCUAAUGAUUAUUAUUAUUUAUUUAUGCAUGAAGUUUUAUACAGGAACCGCUUCAUUACAUUCCCAACCCCCAAAAGCUUCACCUUUGUUAACACAGUUCCUCAACACUUCUACAACCAUUCUUCAUCUCAAACAGACCCAGGCCUUUGCUCUUAAACUCCUCUCUCACCAACCGCAUCAAUACAAUCACUUCUUGGGUCGUUUGUUUCUGAGGAUUCUUCGUCUUAAUGUCGAAAUAUCUAAUCUCUGCUAUGCCCACAAACUGUUUGAUGAAAUGCCAAACUGCCCAAACAGCUUCCUUUGGACAUCCCUUAUUCGCGCGUUUAUAUCUGGCACCCAAUUUCGCCAUGGAAUUUCCACCUAUGCUAGGAUGCACCAAAAUGGGGUCUUGCCAUCUGAGUUUACCUAUUCCACAGUCCUCAAUGCAUGCGGACGUAUCCCCGCCACGUUCGAAGGGACACAAGUUCAUGCUAGGGUGGUGCAGUCAGGUUUCUUGGGGAACAAGUUUAUGCAAACCGCUUUACUUGACAUGUAUGCAAAGUUUGGUAGUGUUUUCGAUGCAAGGGUAGUGUUUGACAGGAUGUGUAAUAGAGACCUAGUUGCAUGGACGGCAAUGAUUUGUGGGUAUGCCAAGGCGGGGAUGAUGAUUCAUGCGAGGUGGUUGUUUGAUAACAUGGGGGAGAAGAAUUCUUUUACUUGGACUACUAUGGUUGCAGGGUAUGCAAAUAGUGGAGACAUGAAAUCAGCCAAGAAAUUGUAUGAUGCCAUGGACGAGGAGAAUAAGAGUGUGGUCACGUGGGUAGCAAUGAUAGCUGGUUAUGGGAAGUUCGGUAACGUAAGUGAAGCAAAAAGGGUGUUUGAUAGGAUAUCAACGCCACGUGAUCCGUCAGCAUGUGCAGCAAUGCUGGCUUGUUAUGCCCAAAAUGGGUAUGCAAAGGAAGCUAUUGACAUGUAUAAGAAAAUGAGGCAAUCAAAAAUUAAAAUCACUGAGGUGGCAAUGGUGGGUGCUUUAUCAGCAUGUGCACAACUUAGGGAUAUUAAAAUGUCAAGUACAUUGACAGAACAUGUUGAGGAGAGUAUUUAUGAUAGGAUAUAUAUUAUAUCCAAUUCAUUGAUCCACAUGCAUUCCAAAUGUGGAAACAUAAACUUAGCUUGGACGGAAUUCAGUAGAAUGAAAUACAGAGAUGUGUAUAGUUAUAGUUCAAUGAUUGCAGCCUUUGCUGAGCAUGGGAAAUCACAAGAUGCUAUAGAUCUUUUCCUAAAGAUGCAGAAGGAAGGAUUGCAACCAAACCAGGUUACAUUCGUGGGUCUCCUCAAUGCAUGUAGUUCUUCAGCUCUCGUCGACGAAGGUUGUAGGUAUUUUCGGACUAUGACUGAGGUAUUUGGUAUUCAGCCCUUACCCGAGCAUUAUGCUUGCAUGGUAGAUCUGCUUGGGAGGGCUGGGCAACUUGAAAGGGCAUACUGUCUCAUAAAGCAGAAUGCAAGCGCCGAUGCAACCACCUGGGGUUCUUUAUUAGCUGCUUGCAGGGUUUAUGGCAAUGUGGAAUUGGGUGAGACAGCUGCUAGACAUCUCACCAUGAUUGACCCUGAGGAUUCAGGAAAUUAUGUGCUUCUAGCAAACACUUAUGCAUCGAAGGACAAAUGGGAACAUGCAGAAGAAGUUAGGAAGUUCAUGAGUGAAAAGGGAAUGAAAAAACCUUCAGGGCAUAGUUGGAUACAAAGAGAGAUAAGUGGAUAGUUUAGAGAUGAAAUAUUUUGAUUGUUAAUCUUCUGCUUGUUAGAUACAUUCUUUCUGCCAAUGUAAUGGCAUGAAUUCCUUCUGCAUUUCCAAAGUUCUUUCCAAUGAUGGAUGCUAGAGAAGAAGCACGUUCAUUGUUAAAACAAUGUAAUUAACUUUAGCCUAUUACUAUGGAUUGUACCUUAAAACAAUAGUUGCAAGUAAUUAGAUCAUGUUUUCUCUUUGUU